AUGCGGCUCCUGCUUCCGCUGCUUGCGGUGCUGACAGAGAUCGUCCUCAACAUCGUGGACUUCGUCUUUUGCCGGCUAUGGAUCUGGCUUGGUGUCUUCCGCGGGGGGAGGAGAGCGUUGUCAAAGCUCUCUGCCUCGGAGUGGAUCGCAACCGCGCUGGUGCACACCUGGGUGUUCCUGGGCGUGUAUGCCAUUCUGGGUAUCCGGCUUAGGAGGUGGCAUGCGAAGAUGCUCGUGGAGGCUGAGGUGCGCCGUGCGUUCCAGCGCCCUUUUCGGGCCAAAAUCGAGCGCAACGAUUUUUUGAGGCAGACCAGCGGGCCAGAGGAUAACGCCGAUGAGCUUGACGGUGACCCCGAUUUCGACGCUCGACCACCGAAGCGCAGCUUCUCCGACCAGUUUCUGAACAACGUUGAGGUCCUGCCCGAGAUGGACCUCCGCCAGCUGGAGGCACGGCACGCCGCACUGCUGUUGGCGAGGCAGGCGAAGCUGGAGGAGGGAUUCGAGUUCGCAGUGCUGCCCGACGCCAUGUCGCUGGAGGUGCGCCGCAGCAGCCUCCUCGACGACAGCUGGAGCGCGCUCCUGAGCGCCCCCGACACCGAGCUGCUGGCGCCGCGGCUGCUGGUCUCCUACGUGGGCGAGGACGGCGUGGACGCCGGCGGCCUCGCGCUCGACUGGUUCGACGCCGUGGGCCGGGAGCUCACCGCUGGCGCGGAGGACGCGGACAGCAGCUCCCUCUUCGCCCUGGGCCUCAGCAGCCGCAUGCUGAUCCCGCGGCCGCACGCGGUGGGCGCGCGGGGACAGGGCGAGGAGGACGGGCGCCUGAGGCGCGGGCGCCAGCUCCUCGCCGCGGGCCGCUUCCUCGCGCUGGGCGUCGUGCACGGCGGCAGGCCGCUCACGCUGCCCAUCUCGCCCGCUGAUCUGCAAGUACAUCCUGGGCGGCAGCGUGGGCCUCGCGGACGUGGAGCUGCUGGACCCGGCCUUCUACCGGGAGCGCGUCGCCCCGCUGCUGGUGCCCGGGGGCCUGGCCGCGCUGAACGGGGCCCUCGUCGAGCCGCUCGCCUUCCUCUCGGUGCCCACCGAGCGGCGGCCCGCGGAGGAGCUCGUGCCCGGCGGCUCGGCCCGGGUGGUGACGGAGGAGAACGUGGCCGAGUACCUGCAGCUGCUCUGCGAGGCCUUCCUGUGCAGCGAGAUCCGGCACGACCUGCAGUGCCUGCUGCAGGGCUUCUGGGACGUGCUGCCCCUGGACGUCCUCCAGGCCUCCGGCCUCUCCGAGGGCGACAUCGCCUCGCUGCUGGCCGGCGCGGCGGGGCUGGACGUCUCCGAGUGGCGGCGGUGCAGCGUCGUCGAGGAGGGCGCGGACGGGCAGGUCGCCGCCUGGUUCUGGGACGUCGUCCAACGCUGGAGGAGGAGGGCCAGCGCCGGCACCUGCUGCGCUUCGCCACGGGCUCCGGCCGCCUCCCGCCCGGCGGCUUCGCCGCCCUGUCCCCGCGCUUCCAGCUGGCCGUGUGCGACGUGGCGUCGCCGGAGCGCCUGCCGCACGCGCACACUUGCGUGAAUCGGCUGGUGCUCCCCCGCUACGGCUCGCCCAGCGUGCUGCGGGUGAAGCUGCUGACGGCGCUGGGCGAGCGGAGCUUCGGGCGCGCCUGA